UUUUUUUGUAUUCAAUUGAAAAAGCAGACUUGCAAUUGGCGAGGUUUGAAUGUAUUUCGCUUCGUCACAUGACAGCUCGCAUAUCUGUCUAGUUAGAAACGUAAACAAACACGGACAACCGCCCGUAAAGAUUGUGUGCAGAAUAAUCGUGAAAUUUUAUGUGAAAACUCGAGAAAAGGAAAAACAUCAUUUCAUCCCGAAAUUUGGCAACAUUCGUCCGAGUAUGGUUGAGCAGCUGUGUGUGUGUGUAUGCCGACGGAAUACGACGCCGUUUCUACAUCAAUCACUAAAGCCGGCUGUGAUCGUGAUCGGCACAUUCUCAACUGGACCAACACACCGGUCGUUGUGUAUCUUCAAGCAAACCAACGUUGCCAUACACCACAAAAUAGCAUGGAAAGGAAAGUAUUAUAAAAUAAUAUCACAUAUGAAAGCAUUCUAAUUUUUCCUUGUUAUUUUUCCACUGCAAACAGGACAUUGGAUCACCGCAUCGACAAGUGGUUUUUAUGUGCAAGUGUUGUUAAGAAGUGUGUUGUACGGUGUAUUACGUGUUUUACUUUAUUUGUAUCGCUUUGCAAGUGGUACAAUUAGUGCGUUUAAUCGUUGUAAUACAGCUAACAUAAGAUUUACCCGAGCAUUAGAAGCGGCAACAAUACAUGUGCCUGACGCAGAGACAACAACGCCGUCGGCAUCCGUUGAUACCAUCCAAAGUGAUGGUUGAAAUCGUAUUUAAACGUGUAAAACCAUGUAUUGGGGCAUGUAAGUAUUGAAUAAUAGUUAAAUAAAAUACAUUUUAUCGUUGUACUGGACAAUGUGCAUCGAAAUUAAAAAAAAAGUGUGUGUGUUUUUGUUUACAUCCGAAUACAGAAACCACAACGCAACUGUGGUUCGAGCACUCGCUAAGUAACGCUUGAGCUUUGAGCUUUCAUUGAGCUUACAUAGAAUGUUACACGCUACCUGCUCACUAAGGACUGCUAUCGAGCAGUGUUAUGAGCAGGUAGCGAGCAGUAACGCUUCCAUACAAAAAUCGCGAAACGUAACGCUCCAAUGCUAUUUGGGGAUUGAACCAUCGCGACUUUGAUCAGUGCGCGCGGUUAAAACGACCUUUUGUAUUGUGUUGUACGUAGCGUGCGCGCCAAAAUUUUAAGAGUGCGCGGAGAGUGAAUGUGGUUUUUUGGGGGUGGGGGAUUGAGAUACAGAGACAAAUUUCGCUGUACAUUAACACAUACAUUUUCACUGCACGGGUUGAACUGCGAAUGCUCAGUUCUGAGACAAUAUACUCGAGCGUUCGCGCAUGAGUGCAAGCAAGCGCGGUAUAGAGGAUAGAGGGAGACAAACGAUUAUUUUGCUCCAAGCUUUCUACUUUUGUCCCGUUGGGAAUUA